GUGCUGUGCACAGGCCCGGCGGUGCUCCCAGUGCUUUCUUACUGCUUUCUCUGCUCUGCAGGUGCUCACUGCUUGGAGAGACCAGUGCUCCCCAGGAGAGCGGCACUGGGAUGCGGUACCUCGCAGGGACACCGCUGGAGGCAGUGCGGGCAGGGAUGCUGCUGGGGUCUGGCCUCUUCCAGGCAAGUUACUGGCUUGGAGUUAUGAACUGCCAGACCAGUACAGCUCUUGCUGCCCUCAGUGCCAGCGGGAAAUAGAAUCGGUUCCAGAGGCACAGCAGGAGCACCGGGCAGAGACCUGGCAUCUGAUUGUCACGCUCAUCCCUUGCACAGGAUCUGGAGCAGAGGAAAGAGGCUGUCCCAAAGGCUCAGUGAUGAGAGGGCUCCCUCCUGGCUGGAAGACUCAGUCCCAAAAUAACAUCUUUACCUGUGGAACAGCAGCCCCUGGCAGAAGACUGGAUGUGCACAUCCUUCCAGCCCUGGAACUGUGUGGACUUGCAGAGCCAUGAUGAAGCUCCUGCCUGUUACCCCUCUCCUCCUGCUUCUCCUGACGACACUGGAAGCCAGACCAAAACCUGCAGCCCUGAAGUGCAGGACGGGCCCCCUGGACAUCGUGUUUGUGAUCGACAGCUCCCGCAGCGUGCGCCCCUUCGAGUUUGAGACCAUGCGGCGCUUCAUGAUCGACAUCAUCGGCAACCUGGACGUGGGCCCCAACGCCACGCGGGUGGGGGUGAUCCAGUACUCCAGCCAGGUGCAGAACAUCUUCUCCCUCAAGACCUUCUUCACGCGGGCAGAGAUGGAGAGGGCCAUCAACAGCAUCAUCCCGCUGGCCCAGGGCACCAUGACGGGGCUGGCCAUCCAGUACGUCAUGAACGUGGCCUUCACCGCGCAGGAGGGCGCGCGCCCUCCGCACAAGAAGAUCCCCCGCAUCGCCAUCAUCGUGACGGACGGGCGGCCCCAGGACCGUGUCACCGAGGUGGCCACCCAGGCCCGGAAUGCUGGCAUUGAGAUCUACGCCGUGGGCAUCCAGCGGGCAGACAUGAACUCGCUGCGGGCCAUGGCCUCGCCGCCCCUGGAGGAGCACGUCUUCCUGGUGGAGUCCUUUGAGCUCAUCCAGCAGUUUGGGAAGCAGUUCCAGGACAAGCUUUGUGGAGUGGACAUGUGUGUGGAGCAGGAGCACGGCUGCCAGCACAGCUGUGUCAGCACCCCUGGCUCCUUCUACUGCGAGUGCAACCCCGGCUACAGGCUCAACGUGGAUGGAAAGACCUGUUCCCCCAUUGAUGCCUGUGCAGACGGGAGACAUGGCUGUCAGCACCACUGUGUCAGCACUCGGGGAUCGUACUCGUGCCGCUGCCGGCCAGGUUACUACCUCGGCCAGAACAAGAGGAGCUGCAUUAUGAUCGAUUACUGCAGCUUCGGGAACCACAGCUGCCAGCACGAGUGUGUGAGCAUUCCCAGUGGGCACUACUGCCGCUGCCGCAGCGGGUACACGCUGCAGCCCGACGGCAGGUCCUGCAGGGCCACUGACCUCUGCAACGGGGUGGAUCACGGCUGCGAGUUCAAGUGUGUGAGCACGGAGGGCUCCUACCACUGCAUGUGCCCUGAGGGCCAGCAGCUCCAGGCUGAUGGGAAGACAUGCAGCAAGUGUGGAGCUGGGCAUGUCGACCUGGUGAUGGUGAUCGAUGGCUCCAAGAGUGUCCGUCCCCAAAACUUUGAGCUGGUGAAGCAGUUUGUGAACCGCAUCGUGGACCUGCUGGACAUUUCCCCCCACGGCACACGGGUGGGACUGGUGCAGUACUCCAGCCGUGUCCGCACCGAGUUCCCCCUCAACAAGUACCACAGCGCGGAUGAGAUCAAGAAGGCGGUGAUGGAUGUGGAGUACAUGGAGAAAGGCACCAUGACAGGCCUUGCCCUCAAGCACAUGGUGGAGCACAGCUUCUCUGAGUUGGAAGGUGCCAGGCCUCUCUCCCACAACAUCCCAAGAAUUGGGCUCGUCUUCACAGAUGGACGCUCCCAGGACGACAUCUCCGAAUGGGCCAGGAGAGCAAAGGAGUCAGGGAUCGUCAUGUUUGCUGUGGGCGUCGGAAAGGCCGUGGAAGAGGAGCUGAGAGCGAUCGCCUCCGAGCCGGUGGAGCAGCACUUCUCCUACUCAGCGGACUUCACCACCAUGACCCACCUUGUGGAGAACUUCUCACUGAACAUCUGCCCAGAGGAAGGCAAAGGGGAGACAGAGAUCCGCAGCCCGUGUGAGUGCGAGGCGCUGGUGCAGUUCCAGACAAACACCGUGGCCAUCCUGCAGAGCCUGACGGAGAAAAUUGCUCAGAUGACAGCCAGACUUGAAGACUUGGAAAAGCAGAUUGCCAACAAGAAGUGAUCCUGGCAGAGGGCUGCAGCACUCAGAUGGGGCACAGGGAUGUACAGUAGCUACAUGACAUUAUUACUGCUAGGUUAUGGUAAAGCAUCAGUGUUCGUUCUUAUAUCUCAAAAUCCCUGGGGGGAUGUGGAUUGUAUUUAAAAAAAAAUCCUAAGAACACCAAAAAGGAACUUGAUCAAAACCUCUGCUGUGAAGCCAAGGGGUUUCACCCAUCGCUGUUGCCUCGUUUCUCCCAGCUGGAAGGUGUGGGAUGAGGGGAGAUGACCAUGUGGCCAGACAGGUCUUUGGACAGAUGUGACACCUGGCCUUUCCACAGAGCAACUAGGAUGACCCAGCCCUGCACAGCCCCUCUGGAGCCUGGCAAGCUACUUUGCAAGAGAAAAAUCCUACAGUGGUGUCACCCUGAGAGUUUCUCUUGUCUCAGCAUCUGCUGCCAAGUGGCGGGGCAAGAAGAGCUGGGUGGCACAGGCAGGGCCAGGAAUGCCUGUCCAGCUCCUGCCAUGGUGCCAAGGUGGGCUCCCAUGGGAAAGCGGGUGGCAGGAAUUGUCAGAUCCCUUGGCCCUAGUUUGGCAGAAUUAUUUGGGAAUCGGUAUUAUCUUGUUUGGUUUUAUAAUCACAUAGCAAAAUGGUAAUUAUUCUAUCAAUAUGUAUGUGUGUGUAUAUAUCUAUGUAUAUUUAAUUUUGAGAGCAGAGUAGUGCUAUUUUGAAACUCAUCUUUUCUAUAAAGGAAUUUCUAUCCUGACAAUAAACCCCCUGAAGAUUUGUA